ACUGGCUUCGGCCCCUUGCAGCCGGCCGGAGCGGCGAGAGCCCAGCGGGGCCCGGCUCCGGCGGCGGCCGCGGCUCCUUCUGGAUACCCUCGGCCGGGGCGUCCUUGGCGGCAGUGCCGGCCACGAGCUGGUACGUGGACCCGUUCGAGGAAUGAUGUGCUUCUUGUUCUUCCCCUUCCAGAGCAUGCCCCUAGUCCAGGUGGGCAACAUGUCAGUGCUUUUAGCGAUGUCACUGCCUCGAACCCAGAAGCCAUGGAGGAGAUAAGGUAGCCCCCCCGUCCCUGGAUCGGAUGGGGAAGCCCAGUUCAAUGGAUACAAAAUACAAGGAUGAUUUAUUUCGGAAGUACGUGCAGUUCCACGAGGGCAAAGUGGAUGCCACCCCCAGCAAGCAGCGGCCUGGCAACGAUGAGUACCUGCGGGUCGCAGCCUCGACCCUGCUCAGCCUGCACAAGGUGGAUCCCUUUUAUCGAUUCCGGCUGAUCCAGUUCUAUGAGGUGGUGGAGAGCUCCCUGCGCUCGCUGAGCUCCUCCAGCCUGCGGGCUUUGGCCUGCGCCUUCAGUGUGCUGGAAACGGUCGGUGUCAACCUCUUCCUCUACCCGUGGAAGAAGGAAUUCAGAAGCAUCAAGACCUACACGGGCCCCUUCGUUUAUUAUGUCAAGUCGUCGUUGCUGGAAGAGGACAUCCGAGCCAUUCUGCAUUACAUGGGCUACGUGCCCGAGUUAGGGACUGCGUACAAACUCAAAGAGCUUGUGGAGACCCUCCAGGUGAAGAUGGUCUCCUUUGAGCUCUUUCUGGCCAAGGUGGAGUGUGAGCAGAUGCUGGAAAUCCACUCACAAGUCAAGGACAAGGGCUACUCCGAGCUAGACGUGGUGAGCGAGCGCAAGAGCAGCGCGGAGGACGUGCGGGGCUGCUCGGAGGCCCUGCGGCGCCGGGCUGAGGGCCGGGAGCACCUGACGGCCUCCAUGGCCCGCGUGGCGCUGCAGAAGUCAGCCAGCGAGCGGGCGGCCAAGGACUACUACAAGCCACGGGUGACCAAGCCCUCGAGGUCGGUGGACGCCUAUGACAGCUACUGGGAGAGCCGGAAGCCGCCCCUGAAGGCCUCGCUGAGCCUGCGGAAGGAGCCGGUGGCCGCAGACCUGGGCGAUGGCCUCAAGGACGAGAUCAUCCGCCCGUCCCCCUCGCUCCUGGCCAUGUCCAGCUCCGCCCACGGAAGCCCGGAUGACCUGCCGCCCCCCUCGCCGAACAACGGUCUGGGCCCGCUGCGUGGCACGUACUUCUCCGCUCAGGAUGACGUGGAUCUGUACACGGACUCGGAGCCGAGGGCCGCGUCCCGGAGGCAGGACGCCCUGCGGCCGGACGUGUGGCUGCUCAGAAAUGAUGCCCACGCCCCCUACCACAAGCGCUCGCCCCCCGCCAAAGAGUCCGCCCUGUCCAAGUGCCAAAACUGCGGUCUGUCCUGCAGCUCCUCCCUCUGCCAGCGCUGCGACGGCCUGCUUGCCGGUCCCCCGGCCCCCAGGCCCGGCGCCUUCCCCAGCAAGGCCUCUGCCCACGACAGCCUGGCCCACGGGUCGUCUCUGCGGGACAAGUACGCGGGCCAGACUCAGGGCCUCGACCGGCUGCCGCACCUCCACCCAAAACCCAAGCCCUCGGCCACAGCCACCUCCCGCUGUGGCUUCUGUAACCGCCCGGGUGCCGCCAACACCUGCACCCAGUGUUCAAAAGUCUCCUGCGACACCUGUCUCGGCGCCUACCAUUAUGACCCCUGCUGCAAAAAGAGUGAGCUGCACAAGUUCAUGCCCAACAACCAGCUGAACUACAAGUCCACCCAGCUCUCCCAUCUCGUGUACAGAUAGACUCGACCUUGCACCCCCCUGCUCCAAGGGCUACACCACGGACUUUCUGGGUUCCCCCAGGGAAGAAGUGUUCACGUAUUGAUCUCGGAAGCAGAGGCCUGCAUUUGACCGUGUAGGUGUCAGGGGAUCGUGGGGUCGCCCGCACCACGUGCGUUCACCUGGCGACCCAGAUAUUUCCUUUGAUGGCUGCUUUGUCACCUGACAAGGGAGAGGGUGGCACUUCCGUUCAGAUUCAUUUUUGCUAAUCUCUCCACUCCCUAUUCCAUUGUUUGUUUUUGAAGAUUUCUGUCUCUGAGACUCUUGCCACACCCACCCCUCCCACUGCAAAGCCAACUUGGACUGGGAAGGGCCCUCCAGGUCCCCUCCAAACGCCCACCUGGAGCGCCGAGCUAGAGGCCUGUUGGCUUGUGAAAUGAGCCCUCCUGCCACACCGGGCCUCUUCCAGUGGCUCAUCCCUUGGCCACCCCCUUCCCGGACACAAGGAUCCCCUCCUGGACUCCCCGCCCCUGACUUCCACCCGUCUGGGUUUCAAAGGUGGACUGAGUCCGGUAUUCACCGAACGGCCUCCUGUUGCCACCACAGCUCAAUUCAGCCCGUGGCGUUUGUGCACUUUGCUCCGACGCACUGAAGCGUGGACCGUCCACGGCAGGAUGGACUUCUCCCCCUUUCUGUUGUUUGCACAUGCCCCUCUUACUGUACUGUAAAUAGAUAUUUUUGAGAUUUAUUUUUAAAUAAAUAUUCAACUUGCCGUGUGUUUCACAGUGGUUAAAACAUUGAUCAUGUAGCUAUUUAUACAAAUGGCCUGGGUUCUUUAGUCUUCCAAGGGAGGGUCUCCUCCCCUUCCGUGUUGUAUCCUACACACACCACAGCCCAAGGGUAGAGCAGAGAGUGUGGGGGCAGAGGAGGAACAGACGAUGUCCCAGAAUUGGUGGCGAGCCACUGUCUUCCCUCCAAUAAAUCUCUAUUUACCUACCUCCAGCAUACACUUAGGGGGCUAGUGCGGGCCGGGAGUUCUGUGCACCUGCGGACUGUGAUACCCUAGUGACCCUUCAGGAACCUCACCCUGCGGACCUACAGCCUGGUCUUUGCCAUUUGCCGCGUGUGAACCUGCACUCCGAACUUCUUGAGUCUCCUUUGAGAAGGAACGUCAUUUGGGAUCUCCCCGCCCCUCCAUCUCAGCCUUCUUCACCUGUUUCCAGGACUCCUCUGCCACGUCAGUGAUCUUUUUGCACUAAAAGUGGGCCCGAGUCAGCGUGUGCCCAUCAGACGGACGUCUCCUGAGAUGCUCAGCUGAGCCUAAGCGCUUCCAAACCUGAAGGCCCCUUAAACUCCUCCUGUGAAUGACCCCUGGAUGUUGCUUUUGGGGUGCAGAGCAGGAAUGGGGCAAGAGUUUGAAACUAAAAACCGCUUCCUUGUGAACUAACAUUUUAGCCAUACGUGUUUGUGAUGUACAGAAUAUAGGAAUUUACGUGCAGUGGGUUUUCUGAUAGAAAGGAGGUGUUCGGCUCUCGAACACAUUUAGCUCUGGCUGAAUCCUGAGGCCACUGUGAAUUUGCUGAUGUUCUUCCAAUGCAGUGGAGUGAUUUUAAGGUUUUCCAAAUCUUCUGUGGCUCUUUUUUAUAUAUCUAGUAGAGCACAUGUAGAUACUCAAUGUGUAUAUACAGCUGAGUUUCAACACCUUUAUUACUAAGACCAGCCCAUUCUGGGGUCAUCAUCUUUGAUGUUCUUCCUUCCCACGUUUCAGAAGUGUCGAUGCCUGUUUUACUCCUGAGAGCUCUAGUUUUCUAGUUUUCUGUUCCCAAGAUCGCUCCAGCACUACAGGAACUUUUAAGCAACUGUGAGGCCAGGUAGCUUCUACUGGUGGGCAGGAGCAGGAGUGUCCACCUCGUCCUGGGAGAGAAAGUCCGGCACACAUGUCAUCAUGGAGAUACCGUGUUUAUAGACUGGAAUAGGAGAUCUCUGACCGUGUCCUUGGCGUGUACCUUACUGUAUGAGGUUGCUGUGAUUGAGAUGGGUAAAUACAUGCUAAUUUAAAAAGACAGAUGUUUUGCGAUUGAUUUCUAUCAAGAGUUGAAAUGUUGAGAGAUGACUCAAAAAAAUAAUAAAGUGUCUUCCAUUAUUAAA